AUGGUUUACCGGGGCAAGCCCUCGAGUGCCUGUAAACUCUGCCGCGAGCGGCGGAUCAGAUGCGACCAGCGUCGCCCAUCCUGCACACAAUGCCUCAACGCGAAGGCCCAAUGCAACGGCUACCGCAACAAGCUAGACCUAAUGUUCCACAACGAGACCACUGAUGUGACCCGGAAAGCCAAAGAAGCAUGUUCCAAAAAAGCAGACGAGAGCAUAGCACUCGCCCUCGCAUCAAAGUCACGCUCACCAUCAUCGCAGAGCCAACCCCCAUCACCAGCAGCAGCUCUGCUACUGUCGGAAUCUCCCACCUCCAGAGCAAUCAAUCUGUUCAUGGCCGCCUACGCCGGGGGAAUCUACCUCGACUACGUGUCGGCGUUAUAUCAACCAGACCAUCAUCCCGCGGCGCUGGGGGCGAGCGUCGAGGCCGUCGCACUGGCUUGUUUGGCUACUGAUCAGAAAAGUUCUGAUCUGCUGCAUCUGGCAAGGGAGAGGUACGGCACUGCCCUGGUGCAGACGACGGAUGCGCUUCACAGCACGAAAACGGUGACUGAGCCAGAGACCCUGGCGUCGGUGAUGCUACUUGCGCUGUUUGCUGCUAUUGGGACCCCUGAUUCCCCUGAUGCGAAGGAUUCGUGGUCAAAACAUGUUUACGGGGCUCUGGGGGUUCUUGCGUUACAUCUUCAUUCUUCUCUUUCUUCCUCCUCUUUCUCUUCUUUCUCUUCUUCUUCUACUCCUGAUUCCGCAUUUACUACUUCGGUAGACACGUCUAGGUCUACCCCCUCGCGCAUUUUAGACUCCCUACCGGGACAGAGCAUGCUCCACCACAUUAUAAGCUGCGUUCAAAUUGACUGCAUCCAGCGACGCGCACGGCUCCCGCCGCAGCUGCGAGCUGUAUAUCGUCAUUCAUGGUUGAAUCACGGACUGCAAGCCCGGUUCUGGAGGCUGCUUGAUAGAUUCUCCGAGGCGAAUGCUUAUUCCAAUGAAGACCGAGACACCCUUGCAUAUUUGGCAGACCUACAGUGUCUCGAGGAUGAAGCUCGCUUUCUACUGGAAACCAUGCCUGCUGCGUACGAGUCGUGGUUUGGUGCGAGAGGUGGCUCCUCGGAUACGAAUGCACACCCAGAUCCUUGCUUCUCUGCCGCCUGCCCUGGCUACCGCACAACCCAGACGUGGAACAUAUUGCGCAUGAUUCGUCUAUUGUCAGAUGAUUUAUUGGUCGCUAGUACCACACGCUACCUAUCAUCGCACGCAGAUAUCCCAGAUGGGGUAUUAUCUACGCUACACAGUAAUAUGGAGAAUGCAUCCCACGCCGCAGCAGAUAUGGCCCAUGAUAUGUAUAACAGUGUACCUGAGUAUUUGAGACCUGGUCGUUGCUCUACCUAUCAUCCACCGCGUGGGUUGCAGGAGAGUCAAUGGGCACGCACGCUGUCCUGGCCGCUAACAAUGGCACGCGACUCACCACACUGUCCACCGGUUUUGCGGGCAGAUAUCCAGAGCCAAUUGGUGAUUCUUGGUAAUGAUUCUGGUAUGUGUCAUGUGCGGAAGGGGACGACGGCGUCGAACUUUAGUGGCUCUGUCGGGGAUAGUAAUAUGCAUAUGUCGUUCUUAUCCUAG